ACCACCACCACCACCUUCUAUCCCAACAUGAAGUCCUCCACUGUCGCUCUCGGCCUCGGCGCCGCUGCCACUGUCUCGGCACAGCGUCCGACGGACAUGUCCAUCUGCGACUACUACACCACUGCGCUGUUGAAGGAGAACAACGCGACGAACCAGCAGACCGUGUUGACCCUCGUGGUGAACACUGCCGUCAUUGGCAACUACACUUCCAACCCCGGUUCUCUGGUCGCCGUGCCUGGUAUUCUCGCCAAUGGAACGGGUGAAUAUGAGGGCGUCAACCUUCUCCCAUACUUCUCUGGUGCGCUCGCCUCCACGAACGCGGGCGGCAUGCCCAAGGCCGUCAACUUCCUCGACGACGGAGGAGCCACUCCCCUCAUGAUGAACAAGCCUGCCAACGGCACCAACUCCGCACAAUACGCCCUCCUCACCCACCUGUACCAAUACUUUGGCUACCUUCUCGGCUGCAGUCAGUUCGCCAACACCACCAUGCCAUAUGAAGGUGAUACAUCCAUGUACUCUGUCCACAAAUACAUGGGACUGAGCAACGACGAAGUCCAAUACUUCAUCCAGCAAGUCGGUCUUGCCGCCCUCUCAUUUGGCGUGACUCAGGACGAUGCCACUGCCGUUGGCAAGUCUCUGACCGACGCGUUCGGCUACCGCUGCGCACCUCCCGCGUCGAUCCCUGCUUCCGCGCCCGCUGAGCUGCAGGCCAUUUGCAUCGAGGACGACUGCCCAAUUGCUCCCACCAACGCGACUUGCUCGUCAUACGAGCCUGUGGUCGAGCCUGCCGCUGCUUCUGGCUCUGCUUCUGGUUCGGCUCCUUCCUCCAAUGGAACCAUGAUGAACUCCACCAGCAGCACACCUGCCUCGGGCGCGCCAAUGCCCUCGGGAAGCAUGCCCGCUUCAUACACCGGUGGCGCUGCUUCGCUCCUUCCCGUUGUGUCGACGGUCAUCUUGGGCGCCGUGGCUGCCGUGUUUGCUUUGUAAGCAGCCAUUGUCUAGGUACCUCCUUACGGUACAUUAGGUUCUAGGUAUCUUGGUGUUGUAGAAAUGCGACUGGACAUGAAUGAGCAUAUACCCACGUUGUACCGCUCCGAUAAUUACCUAGUACAUAAUCCAUUAAUCGUGUCAAAUCAUCGCAUUACAUCCUUUCAUCGUUUGCCGUCUCGGCAGAGAGAUCCGCGCAGAUCGACCAUGGAGAAGAGACCACGCUC